ACUGACAGCGUGAGCCCGCGGCGGCUGCUGCUGCCAUGGUGGCUGGCGGCCGGGUAAGGUUCUAAGUGGACCUCCUGCCAGGCCAGAGCGCCUUCCUGGGCCGCAGGGGAAGACCGGGAGUUUGCAGCCAGGGCGGCGGGUUUGUGGUCUGCAGUGUUGUGAGGCUGAGGUGCAGCAUGUCUAGACUGGGAGCCCUGGGUGGUGCCCGUGCCGGGCUGGGACUGUUGCUGGGUACCGCCGCCGGCCUUGGAUUCCUGUGCCUCCUUUACAGCCAGCGAUGGAAACGGACCCAGCGCCAUGGCCGCAGCCAGAGCCUUCCCAACUCCCUGGACUAUACGCAGACUUUAGAGACCGGACGCCAGGCAGGACAGCUGUCCUCCUUCAGAUUCCACACUCGGGCAAGCAUUUUACAUCAUCUGUCGUGGUGUGCAGCACUCCUGAAGGGCCCUGUGAUGCUCUUGCGGGCUGUCCCAGGUGGGGCUGGAGAUGCCGCAGUGCUACCCAGCCUUCCACGGGAAGGACAGGAGAAGGUGCUGGACCGCCUCGACUUUGUGCUGACCAGCCUUGUGGCACUGCGGCGAGAGGUGGAGGAGCUGAGGAGCAGCCUGCGAGGACUUGCCGGAGAGAUUGUUGGGGAGGUCCGAUCCCACGUGGAAGAGAACCAGAGAGUGACUCGGCGGCGAAGGUUUCCGUUUGUCCGGGAGAGGAGUGACUCCACCGGCUCCAGCUCUGUCUACUUCACGGCCUCCUCGGGAGCCACAUUCACAGAUGCUGAGAGCGAAGGCGGUUAUACAACAGCCAAUGCGGAGUCUGACAAUGAGCGGGACUCUGACAAAGAAAGUGAGGACGGGGAAGAUGAAGUGAGCUGCGAGACUGUGAAGAUGGGAAGAAAGGAUUCUCUGGACCUGGAGGAGGAGGCAGCUUCGGGUGUUGUGCCCAGUGUCCUGGAGGCUGGAGGUUCCUCAGGCUUGGAGGAUGUGCUGCCUCUCCUGCAGCAGGCCGACGAGCUGCACAGGGGUGAUGAGCAAGGCAAGCGGGAGGGCUUCCAGCUGCUGCUCAACAACAAGCUGGCGUAUGGAAGCCGGCAGGACUUUCUCUGGCGCCUGGCCCGAGCCUACAGUGACAUGUGUGAGCUCACUGAGGGGGUGAGCGAGAAGAAGUCAUAUGCCCUAGGUGGAAAAGAAGAAGCAGAGGCUGCUCUGGAGAAGGGGGAUGAGAGUGCUGACUGUCACCUGUGGUAUGCGGUGCUUUGUGGUCAGCUGGCUGAGCAUGAGAGCAUCCAGAGGCGCAUCCAGAGUGGCUUUAGCUUCAAGGAGCAUGUGGACAAAGCCAUUGCUCUCCAGCCAGAAAACCCCAUGGCUCACUUUCUUCUUGGCAGGUGGUGCUAUCAGGUCUCUCAUCUGAGCUGGCUAGAAAAAAAAACUGCUACAGCCUUGCUUGAAAGCCCUCUCAGUGCCACUGUGGAAGAUGCCCUCCAGAGCUUCCUAAAGGCUGAAGAACUACAGCCAGGAUUUUCCAAAGCAGGAAGGGUAUAUAUUUCCAAGUGCUAUAGAGAACUAGGGAAAAACUCUGAAGCUAGGUGGUGGAUGAAGUUAGCCCUGGAGCUGCCAGAUGUCACGAAGGAGGAUUUGGCUCUCCAGAAGGAACUGGAAGAAUUGGAAGUCAUUUUAGGAGACUAACCACAUUUCACUGGCCUUCAUGACUUGAUGCUACUAUUUAAGAGGGGGGAAAAAAGGCUUUUUUCCUUAGACCUUGCUGAGAUCAGGAAACCACACAAAUCUGACUCCUGGGUCUGACUGCUACCCGGUACCAUUCCCCAUUAGUUAAUUUAUUCUAACCUCUAACCUAAUCUAGAAUUGGGGCAGUACUCGUGGCUUGGGUUUCUGUGUUUCUGUUAUUCUCUCCCUUGAGUAAUCUCUUGAAAAAAAUCAAGAUUCACACCUGCCCCAGGAUUACACAUGGGUGGAGCCUGCUAGACCUUCCAAUUGCUGGUGACGUGGAUGAACUUCAAAGCUAUAGGAAAACACAGAACUUGUCACUUUAAUCUUUUUCACUGACUAAUAGGCCUCAAUACAUAUAGUCCUAAGAUCAUACCUUACCUACCAAGGAAAAAGGGAUCAGAGUAGCCCAUAGGCAUUGCUUUCUUAUCACCUAUCAUGUGAAUUCUACCUGUAUGCCUGGGCUGGACCACUUGAUGACUUCCAGAGUCCUGUCAGCUUUUGGAAUGACAGCAGUGGUACAGGGUUUAUGAUGCUAUGAAACAAUGUCUGAAAAGUUGCCUAGAAUAUAUUUUGUUACAGACUUAAAAUAAACCAAAUUUGAUGUUA